ACCACAGGCCCCAGCAGUACCGCAGUCAGUAUGGAGCCCGCUGGAAGGUGGGAGACGCCGCUGUGUUUCUGCCUGUAGAGCUACUGUCUGUCAGUCAGUCAGCUCCUAUGUGUCUGCGGCGGUGUGUUUACAGCGGGGGGAGGAAACAUGCCGCUGAAUAGAUAACCGGGAUCGCUAGUUAACAAUGAAGUGAAAACAGGAGAGAAGAUCUGAUCCCGGGGUGUGGAUAAAUCAUUCAUACGAUACGGUCAUGGCUGGACUGAUCAAGAAACAGAUCCUCAAGCAUCUUUCCAGGUUUGCUAAGAACCUGUCUCCAGAUAAGAUCAAUCUGAGCACUCUAAAAGGCGAGGGUCAGCUGACCAACCUGGAGCUGGAUGAGGAGGUGCUGCAGAACAUGCUUGAUCUGCCCACUUGGCUGGCCAUCAACAAAGUCUUCUGCAACAAGGCUGCAAUCCGGAUCCCAUGGACCAAGCUGAAAACGCACCCUAUUACUCUGUCAUUGGACAAAGUGGUGAUGGAAAUGAGCACCUGCGACGAGCCACGCCCACCCAAUGGCCCGUCUCCCAUAGCAACAGCCUCAGGUCAAAGUGAGUAUGGUUUUGCUGAGAAGGUGGUAGAGGGCAUCUCUCUGUCUGUAAACUCCAUCGUAAUCAGGAUCAGUGCCAAGGCCUUCAACGCUUCCUUCGAGCUCUCUCAGCUGCAGGUCUACAGCGUCAACACCAGCUGGGUGGCCAGCGACCUGCGAUUCACUCGUAUACAGGACCCUACACGUGGAGAGAUCCUGACAUUUAAGGAGGUGAACUGGCAGAUGAUCCGGAUCGAGGCGGAUGCCAUUCAGAGCUCGGAACACGAGGUGCUCAGCGCCCCAAUCCGCCUCAUCACUAACCAGUCCAAAAUCAGAGUAACACUCAAAAGAAAGAUGAAGGAUUGUAACGUGGUGGCCUCUAAGCUGAUCCUGAUCCUGGACGACCUGCUGUGGGUGCUGACAGACUCUCAGCUCAAAGCCAUGGUGCAGUAUGCCAAGUCUCUGAGUGAGGCCAUGGAGAAAUCAGCCCUGCAGAGGAAGAGCAUGGCGUCCGACUCCUCGCAGACAGCACCAGCAGCCCCAUCUGCACAGCAAGUACACACACAGCAGGCCUCAGCAGCACAAGACCAAAGUGCCUCUAUGGCUCGGCUCUUCAACGCAUACAACGUGUGUGAGACGUCCCAUCACCUGCAGAUCACACACCUCGACCUGCACAUCUGCGACGACAUCCACGCCAAGGACAGAGGCUUCAGUAAAAGGAUUGAAGGUGGAGCUAUGCAGCUCUCUUUCAGUUCCAUUACUGUAGAUUAUUACCCCUUCCACAGAGCAGGUACCAACUGUGAGAGUUGUCUGCAUUGGAUGCACUACAGUGAUGCCACUAAGGCUCGUGAAGGCUGGGCUCGCUCUCUGCUGGAGGACUUCAGGUCUAAUGUGGACAUGCUCAAAAACGCCGUCAGUGGCCAGACUCAGAGCUCUCCUCAGCACGGGAAAAUCUCCACCAGUUCUAGUAGUUCUUUCUCUCCACCGCCCACACCCAGAACCCAGAUGAUGUCCAGCUCUAUAGUACUACGCAUGGCUGACUUUAGCAUUUACCAGGUGUCAACGGCUGACCAGCGGCGCUCCAGUCCUAAAGCUAUGAUCUCCUGUAAUAAGAAGACCCUCUACCUCCCCCAGGAGAUGCCAGCCAUCUAUGCUGAAUUUACAGAGUAUUACUUCCCCGAUGGAAAAGACUACCCAAUUCCCUGCCCUAACCUGUACGUGCAGCUGAACGCCCUACAGCUGGUGGUGGAUUCACGCAGUUUGGUUUGGCUCAAUUUGUUUGCUCUGGACCUGCGACAGAGCCUGGAGCAGUUCAUGGAACUCUACAAGCUGGACGACUCGCAGAAACCCGAUGAGCACGUCGACGUCAGGGUGGACGGCCUUAUGCUUAAGUUAGUGAUCCCUGCCGACCAGGAACAGCUCCAGCCGGACCUGCCGCGCUCCAUCUCUGUGCAGAUGUCUGAAAUGGUGGCCACCAACACUCGCCACUCGUCUGGAUGUUCCCGCUCCGACCUGGAGUCUCUCCUGCAGGCUUUCAGGGAGCAAGCCUUCUUCACCUCCUCUUCAUCCUCAUUCCCCCGCAGCUCCAGCGCCUUUCCUGUACUGCACCCGGUCUUCCAGCGUCACGCACAUGAGCAGGACACCCGGGUGCACGACGUGUACCGCGGCCUGGCUCCGCCCUCGCUGUCCACCAAUGCCCUCAAGACCCCAUCGGCCACUGACCUCUGGGCCCUGCACUUUUCCCAGUUCUGGGUGGACUAUGAGGGCCGUGGCCGCCCGACACCCUGUGUGGACUCUUUUCCUCUCACCCUGUGGGUGUGCCGGCCAGCCUGCCACGUCCAGCACCAACGCAGACUUAAAGCUGCCGCUCUGCCCAGGAGCGAGUCCGCCAGUGACACGGCCAGCCGUCUGCAGAGGAAGAAGCUGCUAAAGGAGUAUUACAGCACCGAGGCGUCCGCGAGCAAUUCUUACAGCAACGGCCUCUGCAAGCCCCGCUCUCUGGAUGGACUGAGCUGUUCCAACCCUUCUUCCCUUUCUCUGUCAUCUACAUCCUCUUCUUCAGAGGAUGAAGAGGCAGACCUGCAGGUGCUAGUUCAUGUACAGAAGUCGAUAAGUGCUCAGGUGAGCCACAGUCAGUAUGUGUUCCUACUGCGACUCCAGCAGACAGUGAAGUCGCUUCAGCACACCUUACAGCAGGACCUGGAGCAGCACGGCUCCAAGCUGAAGGAGAGCACCGGACGGCCCUUCGGUGCAUCCAUAGGCCUCCUCAUGCGGACUGCAGAGGUUUCUCUGUUGCUGAAGCCCGUGCCCAGUUCUCUGGACUCUGAACUCUCCGGGAGCAGAGCCACACUGGAGGCCGGCAGCAGCGACACCGGGGACGGACUGGCUGACCCGGGAAAACCCAAGCCCCCGUGCCCUGUGGACCAGCUACUCUGUGUAAGCACAGAUGUGCAAGGUCAGAAUGUACAACCCCUCCUCCCGUCCUCUGCCCCCAACGAAGGAAGGAAAGGGUCCAUGGAGGAGAAGCCAGGCUCAGAGGAGAAGAAUGGAGGAGACGGCUCUCACGAUGCAGAAGGGUGCAAAGCAGAUCCCAAAGCCCAGCAGAACGAGGCUUUGUUAAACAGGACUGUGGGAGCAGACCCACUGAGUGAUCCUCUGGCCAAAGACUGGAAUGACAAGAACCAGGGAGCCAGACUACCUCAAUCCAUGUCCAGGAAAGGCAGUUUAUCAGUGGUCUCUGACCUCUUGACCUCCACACACAUCAGGUCUACCUCCUUAUAUUCCAUGCCCAGCAUUGGGCGUCUGAUGCGGGAUCGCUCUCAGUCCAGCUUCUCAGUUUCCUACAAGAACAUGAAGAAGAGUCCCUCACUGCAGUCUCUGGACAACAUCUCUAUAGACAGCUACUUACUGGAGGACUGUGACUCCUACAGCCUGAUGGAGAGAGAUGACGUGUCAAUCUCUGCUUUCAAAGCUCCUCUGAGUGAGCCCUCUGUUCCAGAGAGAACAACAGAGGUAGAGGACGCAGAUGAUGCCCAGUCACCUGAUGCGGUCAGUGCCACCUCCCAGAGCAUCGACGAGCCCACCAAAGACCUGGUCUCUGUGCUGGUGCUGAAAGUCCACUCUGUGUGUGGCUCUUUGGACCUGAGAGGUGAUAACACUGCAGUGGCUCUGGAGGUGGGGCAGGUCCGGCCCAAUCAGCUGGGCAAUGUCAGUCUACGCCAGUAUCUUAGCAACCGCAGCCUCAACUCUGGUUCAGGUCAGGACCCCAGCAGUCAGCAGCUGAGUCCAGAAGUGUCCCUCCGGCUGGAGAGUGGUCCAGGGGCGGCGGCUCACUCUCCUCUGGCUGAACAUAACGGCUUCCUGCAGUGUCGCCUCCAGGCCUUCAGCGCUGACUUCCUCACUACAUCCCUGAGAAACCUCGCCAUCUUCCUGGAGGAUGACUCCGCCUCCCAGGUCCUCCCCAUGGAGAUCACCAUCAAAGAUACACAUGUGAACCUGAAGGAUGAUGGUCCCAGAGAUAACCCGUCAGAGCCGGAACCCACCCCCGUCUCCCUACACAUCCACAAUCUCCUGGUGCACCGCCGAGAUGACGGCUCGUUCCACAUUGGAGUUGAGCGUGCUGCAGAGGCAGAGCCUCAGAAGGCGGGGCCUGUGACUGACAGCAGGCUCAGCUCUGUGCCUGAAGUUCCCGUAGGCGUGGCCUGUGAGCCGAAAGCCACUCAGACUGCACCUCUGUCACCCACAAGCCCCCUCCCCGCCAGUAAAGACAAGCUGCUGGUGGAGGAGAACGAGUGUUUGAAGCAGGAACUCUCCAGAACCAAGAUGGCGCUCGCCGAGGCCCAGAUGGAGAAGGACACGCUCCUGCACCAAAUGAAGAGCCUCAAACUCAACUGUGGGGGGAGCACCAGCUAGUGAGCCUGCGUGUGCAGGACUGACACCAGCCAGCAGCAGCAGCAGCAGGAACAGGAACAGCAGCAGCGAGUUCGGAGGGGCCCGGCACCUGAAUGGCAAAAGCUCAGUCAGUUCCUGGGCCUGGGCUUGAGCUGUGGGAGGACGGCGGUGUGUUUUCCUGAUGGUGUGGGGUUUUUUUUUUAUUAUUAUUAUUCUGACCACACUCAGGGUCCACACACAAACACACACACAUGCACACAUAUAAUGUGGGCUGUGAUCUAAUGGCUAAUGGGAGAGAGCCCAGUAUCAGAGAUCAGGCAAAAAAGAGCUGUACUGGAAAGGCCUAAUCCUGAGAUGGCUUGCUUUAAAGGCUGUGUCAAUUCUCUUCUUCUUCUUCUUCUUCUUCUUCUUCUCUUCUUCUUUUAACUUUCUGAUGGACUGCUUUUUUUUUUUUUCUUUAUACAGUUUGAAAAUGUCAGCUUGGUUGCUGUGUGUGUGUGUGUGGGGGUCAACCCGCACGACCCCACCAACAGAGACACAGACAAACUCUGGGGAGCGUGUGUGCGUGCGUGCGUGUGUCUGCCCGAAUGCCUGCCUGUCUGCCUGCCUGUGUGUGUAUGUGUGUGUGUGAGUACAUUCCGUAUUCAUAGGCUCAGCCAAUGGCCACUCUUAGUCUUACCCAAGGGUCAGUAAAACUCUGAAUGUCAUAUCUUAAAAAGAAUGUCUUAAAAAAAUAAACUUUAAAACAAGACGAGUUUGCACAGCGCUGACCUGUAUCAAGCAAUCGAGCUGUUAACAAUAAUAGAAUUGUGUUUGUGUGUACAGUAGGGAUAACACAAUGUAUAUUUUUUUCUUCUUUAUUUUUUUCUUCUUUUCUUGUGUUUUGUACAAAAGCAGUAAGAAUGACAGUGUUCCUUCGGGCGCCGAGUGGUCCAGCGGUCUAAAGUGCUGCCACUAUGAGCAGGAGGUCGCAGGUUCGAACCCCAGCUCAUGCAGCUUUGCCAUCAAGCUGCCGGCGUCAGAGGGAGCAAAAUUGGCCCUGCUCCCUCUGGGUGGGUAGAUGGCGCUCUCUCCCCACAUCACUCCUAUGGUGAUGUCUGCAGCACAGGGCGUCUGUGAGCUGAUGUACCGGAGCCGAGCCGCUCUGGCUGCUCGGUAAUGCUGCUUCAGCAGCAGCUCGAAAAGAAGCGGUGGCUGACUUCACAUGUAUCGGAGGAAGCAUGUGUUAGUCUUCACCCUCCUGGUGUGUUGGGGCAUUACUAGUGAUAGGGGGAGUCCUAAUGAGUGGAUUGGGUAAUUGGCCGUGUAAAUUGGGGAGAAAAAUGGGAAAAAAAAAAGAAAAAAAAAAAAAAAGGAAUGACAGUGUUCCUGUGUAAAUGUAAAUGUGUGUGAAUGUGUAUGAACGCAGAUGGGGGAAGGGAAAAUUUUCUACCUUUACGUUUUAAUACGCCCAGAAAGUGAAAGUCUUUUUUUUUUCCCUAAAAAAAAAGCCCUUUUAAUUUCACUACAAUUAUCAUUUCCAUAAUGCGACAUUGCACUUAGCUGUUGAUUGUCUGCGUACGCAUAGCGGCACUUUGCGAUCUGUAGUAAUCAUUAGUAUAGUAGUCGUAGGAGAGAAUCCUGCCAGUUCAGGCUCUCUGCUAUGUGUGUGUGUGUUUGUUUGUGUGUGUGUGUGUGCGCGCUCUACCAUUCUGUGUGUGUUCUAGUACAUGUUUUCAUUGAGUUUUAUAUGAGCUGAAGUGCUGCGCAGUGUUUGCAGUUAUCAUGCUGUGUGAGCAUCAUAUCUGUGGAAUUCUCAGUGGAGGUUCUAACAAAAAAAAAAAAAAAAAAGGCGCAAGUUGGGUUCUUGUGAUUGCGUGUGGAGAUGGCAGACAGCCCAAAAAAAGUUCCACAUUAUUAUAUGGCUUAUAUACUUUUUCUAGAGCAGUAAUUCCCAACCCUGGUUCUGGAGGACCCUGAAGCCCUGCACAUUUAAGGCCACUUAAUGUUCAUAUUACAGGUUGGAAGUAAAUGAGGUAAAUCUGAUUUCUUUUGUUUCUGUGUGACACAGAUCUAUUGUUUUUUUUUUACAGUGCUGUGUGGACACGUCAAAUUUAUUAUUUUAUGUCAUAGGUGACACACUGAAUUGGAUAUUUUCAAUUACAAAACUGGUCAGUUCAGUAUCUAGUAUCCAGUAAUCCAGUAAAUAUGUAUGUAAUUUGCAGCAAAGUGACUUAAUGGUCAGUUUAGAAUUUAUAACAUUUUAUAACAAGUCAAGGAGAAUGAAAAGACAAAAAAAAAGAUGGCGAGAUGAGAAAGUGAGUGCAAGUAAAUGAGAAAAUGGACAGCAGCAGUCAUUUGAGGCCUUAAAUGGACUGAUGUGUUUAUUUCAACAAUAUUACAAACUUGUGUCUCCGUGCAGUGUUCCGUAUUCAUUUCAAAUGCAGUUUCAGAUUACGGCUGCAGCCUCAAAGGAAAAAAAAUAAAAUAAAAUCCUGACCAUGGCUGAAUAACCUGUCCUUUUCAGCAAGCUGGAGUGAAUUCUCUGUAAUAAGCUCAGCAGCAGCCCAAACUCAUUUGCAGAUCUUGAAAAUCUGACAAGAAUUAAAGUGAAACUUAACGCGAAGCAUUGCUCUGUCACGCAUGUAUGCAACUUACAAAGUGUGAACCAAUCAGAUGUCAGAUGUCAGAUAGAAGUCACAUUAAAAGAUUGUGUGAGUUGCCUAAAUUAAAUAUCAGAUGUAAGAAAAUCAGAUUUGGAUCACUUUUACUUAACAUGUGAAUGAAACAUUAUUUGCAAGUGACCAGAUCAGAUUAGUGUGUUUCGAGCUUGUGUGUCAGAUAUGCAUAGACAUCACAAGCAUAUCUGGAUUGGUUGCUGCGGUAACGAGGUCGGUGUCAUUAACUAACCUUUGGUGGUUUUCAUGGAUCCUUACACUUUCAUCACUCUGGAUUUGAUAAGUUGUUGUUUAUUUUUGUAAGUAGCGCAAAAGACACGUUGAAAUCUGAUUGGGACGUCCAGAGGAUCUAGACAGAUCCAGAAGACAUACUUUCUGUUUCUGUACAGUUCUGACUGUAAUCACAUAUUAAAUUACCUCUAAAUGUGGUUUGGCUCUGAUUUGCAAUAAUCAGAUUUCAUGUGUUUUUGUCAGUCUGGAUACAAUCUACACAUUUCAAAACGGGGUUUGAGAUUGGAUAUGUCUCCAGUUUAUGGGUCUGUACCAUGAAUGUGAACGCUCAGCAUAUGAUUAGUGCCGUCAUCAUCAUUCAGCCCUGCGCUAAAUUUUGACUUCCUGCCAAAACCUGACGUCACACAGCACUAUGAGCACAACAUAUUGCGCUGGUGAUUCCUGUUGCUUUUAAUUAUAAAAAAACUAUUGAUAUUAAAACGUCCUUCACAACAUUCUGGCAGGGAGUUGGAAUUUGGAACAAAACGGACAGUGCGGCACAGUAAACUGUGUGUGUGCACGCCGCUUCUGAGAUUGAUUUGUUCACAGACACAAAUCACUUACAUUUAUGAAUGUAAAGUGUCAGGAUAGCCAAAUCUGAUCUGAGCCAAAAAUCUGAAUUGAUUAAUGAGGCUUGUAAUGUAAAUGUAUCUUAAGUGUGAACAAGACAUAACUAGAAGUGGCAUAUUAAUGAGCUAAAAAGCUAAUGACAGAAACAGAAAUGCUAAUGUUGUGUUCAGACUGCAGGGAAAUCUGGUUUAUUUAACAAAUCAGAUCUGUUAGAUGACUGUAUGCAUCGUAUGUCAUUUUCAAGUGAUCAGAUUAGAUUUGCAUGUUCAGACAUCAUCACAACCGUAUCUAUAUUGGAUUCUAGGUGAUGCACACGAUGCAUUGAAAUCAGAUUUGAGCAGUUAAAGGUCCAGAGUCUCCAGACUGAGACACGUCUCUGAUUUUGUUCAAAUAUUUUUGUGUGUGAUUUGCCUAAAUCUGAUUUAAUGUGGUUUUUGUCUGUUUAGACUAUCAAAAAUCAAUUUGGAUACAAAGUAGAUCUAACAAAAAUCUGAUUUUGGCCUGGCAUUCUAAACAAAGCCUAAAAUGUGCUGUGCAGGGGGUCUUCCAGGACCCAGAGUCCUUAGAGAAUGUAAUUUCUUGAUUUAAUUGAUCACUUUAUGCGUUCCUUUCUCUUAUUUAUACGAAGAGGACACCAGACCUGUGUUCUCAUCAUGUACAGUAAUGCGUCUGUGUAUAAAAAUGCUUCUCAGUUCUUUCUAGACCAAAGCCCCAGUUCUUUAUUCCUUUCCCUCCUCUUCUAUCCCUCCAUCCCUCGCUCCUCACAGCAGCCUCUACAAGUGCCUGUCGCUGCACGCCCUCUCCAGGGGCCUGGUCAUCUGUCCUCUCUCUGAAUGUGUUCCAGGCUUUUUUUUUUUUUUUUUUUUUUUUUCGUCAGGCUCUUCUUCUUUCUCUCGCUCGGUGGGAAAAGCGUCAUCCAUCAGCAUCGAGCCCAGAGAGCCCGACUAACAAACACUUGAUUGUACACAAACCUAAAAGAGGCAAUGUGACCCCCUUCCCCUCUGCCUCUUCUUCACCCUGGCCCGUCCUCCACCCAAACCAAAUCCACUCUGCAGUCACGUGUGAGCUCCACCCACUGAGCACAACCGGAAAAUGUCACGAGGACAAGCAAGCAAAACUUGUAGAAGAUUUAAUAUGUAAAAGCUGCUGAAACAUCUGAAAAUAAAAAGAAUGAAAAUGAAUGUCUUUCUAAAA